GGAUGACCCUGCUUUCGUUUCGACGGCGACAUGGACAACGUCCACCACCAUCAUGGCACGGCGUCGACGUACACGGAGAUGGAGGGAAAUCUGCAUAUCCGCGCCAAGAAAAUGAACAUGUGGAAGACGCGCCGCUUUGUCUUGUCGGGACAGGUGCUGCAGUACUUCUCUCUCAAGAAACCGGGGCAAAAGGGCUUGCUCGAGACGUUUUCUGGGCUCGCCCUCGCUGGCUCCAAGAAGAAGCUGACCGAGAAAACGGACCACAUCUUCGAGCUGGUGCAGUGCAGCAUCAAACCUGUCCACGAGUACCUGUCGAGUCGCCCGCACUCGUUCCAGAUCGCGUCCGCGUCUUUCUUUCUCCUCCUGCAUGCCGACUCGCACGACGAAAUGCAAGCGUGGGUGUCGUGUUUACGGUAUGCUGCAAAGGGAGCGAGCUGCUCUCCCCCCAGCGAUCGAGGACUCCUACGGGCACGCAGCUUCAGCGGUGGUGCGCUCACGUCAUCUCCGUCGUCGGCGCGAAUCACCGUCGCUGCGGAAUCGUUCGAGGACGACAUCCUGGAAUUCGCUGUCUCGCAGCGCUCCGAGAUCCAAAACCUCAUGGCAGAUGGCCACGGUCGGUAUGCAGGGAAUCAUUGGAUUGUUCAGAGCGCCGUGUCCCUGGGUGGGAAGCAGGUACCUCGUGGGAGCCUUCUCGUGGCGAUCAACGGACACUCGGUUCACCACGAACCCCCUUCAUCCUCCGACGUAUUGUCGUUGCGGCGACGCCUCCAUUCCGCGUCAUUCCCGUUGACCCUUCAGUUCCUCCGGUGUCGGUCGAAAGUUGGCGCGCUCAAGCUGCAGCAGUCCUAUGACGCGGCGUUGGGAAGCAUGCUCAAGCUCACGACUCGAGUCCAUGCCCUCCUGGGGUGGAAGGAACUCGAGUGCGAGAUCGACGGCGAUCUCUUUGUGAGCGCGCGCGUCGGAACAGCAGUGUCAUCGGCUGCUUUGGCCAAGUGGGGCCAGUCGCUGCUGCAGUCGAGCGCUGCCGUCGCCGACGCGACCACUUCCGAGGAAGCAACGGCCAAGGCCCUCAAGCCGUCGACGGUAGUGGCCCUCAGCGACGGAAUGCCGUCCGUCCGGCUCGUGCACGCCGUCUUGUCCGGUCGACCGCACUGCUUUCUCCUCACAACGGCGUCGUCGAGUUUACUUCUCCAGGCUGCCAGCGACGACGACAUGAUUGAAUGGAUGGGGGCCCUCGUCCACGCGAUCGACCUCGCGCACGGCGUCGUUAGCGGUAGCGGGGCGGCGCAUCCGUCGGCCAGCCCCCACGUCUCCGGGCGACAUCCCUCUGGUCCAGUGCAGUCAUCCUUUGCCCAUCCACCCCAUCGGCCGUCAUUCCGGACCGCGUCGGUCCCGUCAUUCUUCCCCCCGUCCGGCGGCGACGGCAUCCAACGGAAUGCCCAGCAGACGCAGUCGCUUUUCUUUCACGGCGAUGAAGCGAGCAUGUCGCCGCCCCUCGUGACGCAUCCGACCCCAUCUCGCCUCAUGGAGUCCGCCGACGUCGUCGACAUUCUCGCGUUUUGCCAGCAUCAUGGACGGUACACGGAGGCGCUGCAACUGAUGGUCCAGCACACGACGUUCCGCGCGCAAUACUGGCCACACAUCUUCGCGUGGGCGCUGCCGCCUCCGGCGACCGCAGCCGACCUGGCAAUCCUCUCGACCACCGCCAUCUCGGAUGAGGACACAAUCCAACUGCACAAGGACAUUCCCCGCACGGCGACGUGGCUGGCGUCGUCGGACGGCGCGCCGCCGUCGACGGUGCAUGCGCCGCCCGCGCGCCUCGACGGCCUGCGCACGGUCCUCCACGCGUUCAUUGCGCGUUCGUGUGCAUCCACGACCGGGUCAUCGCACACGUCGUACCUGCAAGGAAUGAACGGCAUUGCGUUUGUGCUGCUCGAAGUCUUUGCCGACGACGUGCGCAGCUCGUUGCAGUUCCUGCACGGCCUCGUCCACGGCGCGCUCCCGACCAUCUUUCACACGGAAGCCCACUCGACCAACGCGCUGGUCCAGACCGGUGCGCAGCUCGAGAGCAUGGUCGCCGCGUACUUGCCAGCGCUCGCCCAUGUCUUUGAGACCGUUGGGUUGCCGGUCUUCCUCCUCGCGUACAAGUGGUUCCCGACGCUGUUCUCGGACGUGUCGCUCCAAGCGAAUCGCAAGCACAACCAGCUCCAGUACAACACGCUGCUCGUGGCAUGGGACGUGUGCAUGCUCGUGGGAGUCGAAGGGAUUUACGUCGUCGCGCUGGCGCUGUUUGCGGCCGCCGACGGCGCCAUUCGCGCCCUCGGCCCUACCUGCCUCGCCGAAGACGUCAGCGGCGCGUUCACGGCGGUGCUGUCGACCCUGACGCCGCACGACUUUGUCCUCCACGUGUGCGAGGUUAUCGAAACGUGCCAGCACCCAUUGCUCCUCCAGAUGCGAGAUGCCCACCACCGACGACUGCACGACCCUCCCGUGGCUGUCAAAGACCUCGACACUGGCCAGCUUUUUGGGGUCACGUCCAACGCCAAGCUCGUGCCGCUCCACGACGCGACGGGACUCGUGCAGCUCCCGGUCGACAACCCACCGGCACGAUCCACGAUAUCCACGGCGACGCUUCCGUUGUGACCUCUUUCGACGCACUGGAAGGGGCCGUUCUCACAAAGGUGUGUGUGCUAAACGAGCGUCGCGAGAUCGAGUUGGCGGCCCGGAAGUUCCCGACGGCAGGGGUUGUUGGAGGUAGCGAAAGCAGGAGAUGGGUCUGCAGCCCCGAGAUGCAAGGAAAAGGAGCUCUCGGUAACACGCGAGUUGGUUCACGUCGUCCCAGUGGAUCGCCGUAGAGGCGUAAUCCGCCUCACGCUGUCUCGUCGAAGACGAUGUGGCCACGGAUCGAGGCCAGGACAACUCGUUCGAUUCCCUAGGGCUGGCCACAAUGCAGCAACAGUCUUCAGCCACCACGACGCAUACGUGUCGCGACGGGUCGAGUUAGAGCACGGGUGGUUGGUGCUUCAACAGCGCCCUGCCCAUCCCGAACGCUCACCAAGC